CUGCUGAGCCUGACUCAGACUUUCCACAGAAACCUGCCGUACAAGUGCAACAGUUCAAGAACAUGGGGGAUGAGUGGGGAGUGACUCGGCUGCUGCCACUCAGGGAGGUGGGCAGGGCUGUGAGGCAGAACCUGAGAGCAGCAGGUGAAGGAGGAAGUGGAGAUAUCUCUGACAGGAGCAAGGUGGAGGACAUGGCCCAACCUUCUCUAACAGGAGCUCUGCUCAUCCUGACACUGGUUCUGACUCUACAACCAGGACAUCUUGUUGGGUCAGAUUUUCUGCCAGUAGCAUCGGCCCCUGGAGAUUUUAUUAUCGGAGGACUGUUUCCCAUCCAUGAGGACGUGAACACUCAGAAUAGAUCCCUCAGCCCGCAGCCUCUGCGGUGCAUCAGGUUUGAGGAGCGAGGCCUCACGUGGGCGUUGGCCAUGGUCAAUGCCAUUGAAGUCGUGAACAGGUCUCCUCUUCUGACUGAAGCCAAUGUCAGCCUGGGGUACCACAUCCUGGACUCCUGCUCUGAUGUUAGCACAGCUCUGAGGGCCACAGAGGACUUUCUCCAGCGGGGGGCUCCCCUGAAGCCUGUCACAGCUGUUGUUGGAGCCUCAUUCUCUGAAACAUCCAUCGCUGUUGCCAGACUUCUCACACUCAACAUGAUUCCACAGAUCAGCUAUGCAUCAACUGCUGUCAUCCUGAGUGACAAGAGCCGCUUCCCUGCCUUCAUGAGGACCGUCCCCAAUGACGAGCACCAGAUCGCAGCCAUGGUCACUCUGCUCACCGCUUACAACUGGACCUGGGUGGGGGUGGUCACCACAGAUGGAGAUUAUGGCAGAUCUGCACUUGAGAACUUUGGUACUCUGGCUUCUGAGAAUGGUAUCUGUGUGGCUUUCAGGAUUGUCCUACCCGAGUCUGUGACCAGCCAUGACAUCCAGUCUGCCAUUCGUGACACAGCAAAAACUAUUUACAACAACCCAAAAGUCCAGGUCAUCGUGUCUUUUGCCAAACCCACUCACAUGGUCUAUCUUUAUCAAGAGCUCAGGAAUGAGAUGCUGAGAGUGGGACAAGGCCCAAAGUCAAUGAGGAGACUGUGGGUCGCUAGUGACAGCUGGGCAUCCUCCAGUUCUGCAAGAGGAAACUUGAGUUUGGAGGAGAUUGGUCAAGUUAUUGGCUUCACCUUCAAAAAAGGAAACCUGACAUCUUUUGAAUCUUACUUGGACAGGCUGGGCUCAGGUGAACUGAGCUUUGAUAGGAAUGACCCCUUCAUACAGGAGCUGUUUACACAACUCAAUGGCAGCGGAUACACAGACAGCGAACUGGCGUCCAAAGCAGCCGGCAUUCUCAAACAGAACACACAAGCUGACACCAUCUUCAGCAUUGAACUGGCAGUGAGUGCCAUCGCUGAGGCCGUGGCUUCCAUCUGUCGAAGCAGAGAAUGCAAAGGUCCUGGAGCUUUGCCACCCUGGGAGGUUCUGCAGGCUCUGUGGAUGCAAGAGUUCACCCUCGACAACCAUAGCUACAGGUUCAACAGCAGGGGAGACAUCAACCUGGGCUAUGAUGUGAAGCUGUGGAGCUCGGACGGAGGCAACGAUAUUAUCCUCAAUCUCGUGUUAGAGUAUCAUGUGAAAAACAACAGCUUUACCAAUGUCAACAACAUCUUCAUGCAGCUCCCAGUGCUCCAGGACAUUAUCUCAAAAUGUUCCAACAGCUGUGUUCCUGGAGAGUUCAAGAAAACUGCUGAGGGCCAGCACACCUGCUGCUAUGAGUGUGUCAGCUGCACCGAAAACUACUACUCCAAUGACACAGACAUGGACCUCUGUCUGAGCUGUGACCCCCGCACCCAGUGGUCUCCUGCGGGCAGCUCCACCUGCAUCACCAAGGCCCUUCUCUUCUUCUCAUGGAAUGAUGGCUUCGCCGUGGUGCUCCUAACCUUUUCUGCACUGGGCAUUGUUCUGGUUCUGCUCGUUUCAGCUUUGUUCCUGUAUCACCGUGACACACCGGUGGUGAAGGCUGCAGGGGGGCCACUAAGCCUCAUCAUGCUGUUCUCACUGAUCCUCAGUUACAUCAGCGCCAUCUUGUUUGUGGGGCGACCGACCCACUUGCAGUGCAACGCUCGACAAGUGCUUUACAGCAUCAGCUUCACUCUGUGUGUCUCCUGCAUUUUGGUGAAGACACUGAAAAUCCUGCUGGCCUUCCAAUUCAACCUGGGGCCACAGGGGGUCCUGCGGCGGCUUUACCAUCCUUACAUCAUAAUCACCCUCUGCGUGGCUUUGCAGGCGGUUAUCUGCAUCUGCUGGUUGGUCUUCGCAAGUCCAUUUAUGCAAAUUACCAUUCAACCAACCACGCUGCUGGAGGACUGUCAUGAAGGUUCAUAUCUUGCUUUUGGGGUUAUGUUGGGCUACAUAGCGGUGCUGGCAUUUGUGUGUUUUAUUUGUGCGUUCAAAGGACGCAAACUGCCCCAUCAGUACAACGAGGCUAGGUUCAUCACAUUCAGCAUGCUGCUUUACCUGAUAUCCUGGAUGCUCUUUAUUCCCAUUUAUGUCACCACCACAGGCCUCUAUGUACCGGCUGUGGAGAUGGUGGUCAUUUUACUGUCCAACUAUGGCAUCCUCUGCUGCCACUUCUUCCCCAAGUGCUACAUAAUCCUGCUCAAGAAGGAGCAGAACACCAGCAGCGCCUUUAGGAAAAAUCUCUAUGAAUAUUCCAACAAAACCACAAAUUCAGUAACUGAGAGUUCCAACUCCCAGUGUCACUUUAAACCUCCAUUCAUCCCUGAAAUCACACCAUCUUCUUUUCAGCCUGCUGUGACAGCAAACAACAAAGCGCCCCUGACCUCAAACCCCCAACACCAAGCAGGAAGAAGAAGCAGCAUUUAAGGUCUGUUGGUAUUGAAAAGGCUGUAGUAAAGGGACCUCUUAGAGUCUGUGGUCUUUCUGUUACCCUCUCUGUUUCUGUUUUCUCAGGAAAAUCAUUAGCUGUGUUGAAGUUGUGUCAUCUUGGAACCCAACUCUUUGGCUAAUUGUUCUAAGAAUCUGACCAUUCUUCUUAAAACUUAUUAGUUUUUCCUGUAACCUGAUUGUUUUUUCUUAGAUCAUGACUGGUCUUCUUAGAACAUGUUAGUACUUUAUAGAAUGAUCAACAGUGAAAUGGAGGUUAAAGUCUAGGGCUUAUUCGCCCCACAGACCCCAAACACCUCCCCCAGCCCAUAUGAUACUUUACAAAUAAACACAUAUUACACUUCACCAGCCCCUCCCUAGUCAGAUGUGUCAAAUGUCAUUCAAAUAUGAACUCAUGUAGGAGUUUAGGAGCAACCUAUCUUCCACACCACACACUACACAGUAGUUUUGAUGUUCUGAGAGUAGUUUAUGUUUUGAGAUGAUAUGGCUCACACCAAACAAUGCAGCAAAUUUAUUUUGCAGAACACUAACUUAAGGUUGCCAAAUCCGCAUCAGUCAAAUGUGGCAUGCCAACAGGCACCUACUGACACUGUAGCAAGGCCCAUCCUCAGAGGUGCUCAUGAGACUUAACAAAAAUGAACAAGCAAGCAAAAGUUUCCUUUAGUUUUCAAGUCCAGUUUAGAACAGGACAAAACCUGUGUGGUUGGCAGCUUUAACCCAAUCAUUUAUAUAACAGAAAAAGAAUGACCACAGACUCUAAUAAUAAAAAGGCUAUGAUGUGUUACAGCUUUGAUUAAAUCACUGACCGAAGAGACUCAAAACUAGUAAUCCGAUGAAGAAAUCACACUGUACAGUAAAAAACAAUGCUGUGAAGGGCUGUGGCAAAGGAGGUCUUUCUUCCAGAAGAUUUUGAAGGUUUGAACACCACAUGAUUUUUUUUAAUGCACAUUUGCACUUUAAAGUAAGUGUUUUUUUCUCUUGGCCAUAGCAGCACAGUGAAUCCCCAUCUAUUCUCUUGUGGGAUUUGGCUUCAUGCUCUAUCUUGAGUAAUAUAUGAUUUUGUUUUGUUGCAUUCAAUCUUCCUAUGGCUUGGAAAUUAUUUUACGUACAGCGGUGCUGAUCAUCUCAAUUGAUAGUCCGUUAUUAUAAUUUGGAGAAGAGUAUACUACAAAAAGGCCAUCCAUCCAUCAUCUGUACCCACUUAGUCCUGUACAGGGUCACAGGCGUUACUGGAUCUUAUACCAGCUGCCACAGGGCAAACAGGAGUGCCCAACUCCAGGCCUCAAGGGCCAGCCUCCUGCUGGUUUUCCAGAAACCCUGCCUUAGUUGCUGUUGAUUACCUGGAUCAGGUGUUUUUAGCCAAUAAGGAGCUUCAAUGGCAGGUUAGUUGGAAAACCUGUAGGACACCAGCUCUCAAAGGCUGGAAUUGGACACCCCUACGGCCUAAACGGUUUCUCCAGUCCAUCGUAAAGCCAUACACAGACAAUCAAUUUCACACAUAUUGACUCAGGAGCCUAUGAGGACAGGUGUUGAGGUGGGGGGGCAGAAAAACCCAUGCAUCCCCAGGAAGAACUGGCAAUCUCCUUACAGAAAGGAUUCAGAUGGGUUUUUAAUGGGAAUUGUUGCUUUUGAAAAUGCACAGGUUAAUGGAUCUGUUACUGCAAUACCCCAGUGACAUUUUGGAAAUGAAUUCUGUGUAAUGGGUGUAGGUGUUGGUAGUGUCUCACUAUUUCCUGGGUUUGUGUGUGCAUGUGUGUUUCAUUUAAAAAUGAUCUAAGUGUUAAAGGAGAUGAAAUGAUUAUCACACUUCACACUUCUGUGAAUUGCUCAUCAUCAAAAUAUUUUUCAAGACUUUGAAAUUAGUGUAAUCUGUUUUUUAGUGUUAUUACCAAUCAAAGACACUCUGACACAUCACCAACAACAAUAUAAGGUUGGUUAUCCUCAAGUAACAGGGCUAUAGUCAACCAUUCAACUACUUACUGGAUCGUUAAUAUUUACAUCUGCUUACAUGUCAUCCAGUUUUGCCUCACAUCUGGAGCUACCAGCACAAAAUUAAGCGGUAAUCUGCAUCAUCACUUAGAACUGAAGAAUCUACUCAGAUGAGUGGUAUUCUUGAUCAACUGGUAUCUCUGCAGAACAUGCAUUUUUUGAUAACAUGACCUUAUUUUUAUAUUUGAAAAAAAUGCAAACAUGAAAAUGUUUUAAAAUAACUAGUAUUUGAUGCACAAUGAGAUUUUACCCUGAGUAAAACUUUGAUUGUUUUUUAAUGUAUUGUUUUGUACAGUGUCUGAAAUAUAAUUUGAAAUAAAUUAAA